CAGCCACCAGCCAACCAACCAGCAGAGACCAUCCACAGCAAUCUGAGCAGCCCCGUGAGCGCUGACAGUCCUGCUCUGUUGUGGGGAGUGAGUAGGGUGCCCACGCAACCUAACCAGGACAAGGAGACCGAACAAAAUGGCUGCCCUGACUAUAGACCCGGUGGAGCAGCCUCGGAUGUACCAACAGACUCUGCUUCAGGACGGCCUGUGUGACCUCUUGGAGAAUGACAGGUUUGUGGAUUGCGUCCUCAAAAUUCAGGACAAGGAGUUCCCCUGCCACCGCUUGGUCUUGGCAGCCAGCAGCCCCUUCUUCAAGGCCAUGUUCCUGUCUGACCUGGAGGAAAGCAAGAAGCGUGAGAUCGUCCUCAAAGACGUGGAGCCAGGUGUUAUGGGGAUGAUCCUGCGCUACUUAUACACCUCUGACAUUAACCUGUCGGAGCAGAACGUCCAGGAUAUCUUCAUGGUUGCUAACAUGUACCAGAUCCCCUCCAUCUUCUCUGUAUGUGUGUCCUACCUCGGAGAGAAGAUGGUGCUGGGAAACUGCUUGGCAAUCUUCAGGCUAGGACUGCUGUUGGAUUGUCCCAGGCUUGCUCUCACUGCUAGGGAGUUCAUCUGCGAACGCUACCAGGUUGUCAUCAGGGACCCGGACUUCCUGCAGCUGGGCCCGAGCGAGCUGGCCAUCAUCAUCACCUCAGAUGCCCUCAACGUUGAGCGGGAGGAGCUGGUGUUUGAAUCCCUGAUGGACUGGGUGAAACAUGACGAGAAAACCCGCGUUAAGGACCUUCCAGAGCUGUUGCACUGCGUCCGUUUCAGGCUCAUACCUUUGGAUUACUUCAAAGAGAAAGUAGAGCGUCACAAUUACCUCCGGUUCAGCCAGGAGAUCAAGAAGGACCUGGAACUCGUCAAGGAUGCUCACAGAGGGCGCCUCCCAAAGCCCAGCAAGCCCAGCAGUGGUGAGGCAAAAGGGGGAGAGGGAGAUGAGGAGGAGGAGGACGAUGAGGAGGAAGGGUACCUGCCGGGUAUACUCAACAAUAACCCACGCUUUGGGAUGUUUGAGAUGGACCUGAUACUUAUGAUCAGUGACACAGGGACUGUGGCCUAUGACCCGAUCGGAAAUGAAUGCUUUGUGGUCUCAGAGUCGACAGAAAUCCCCAAGAACCACUGCAGCCUGGUGACCAGUCAGAACCAGGUGUUUGUUGUCGGAGGAAUUCUUUACAACGAGGAGGAUAAAGACGAACCAUUCAGCUCAUACUUCCUACAGCUUGACCCAGUGAGUUCAGAAUGGUUAGGGAUGCCCUCACAACCCAACCCUCGCUGUCUGUUUGGCUUGACUGAAGCUGAAAACUCCAUCUUUGUUGUUGGGGGAAAGGAGCUGAAGGAAGGGGAGCACGCGCUGGACUCAGUCAUGAUCUAUGACAGACAGUCAUUCAAAUGGGGAGAGUCUGACCCUCUGCCUUAUGAAGUUUAUGGCCAUGGAACCAUAUCACACAAAGGCCUCGUGUACGUCAUCGGAGGAAAGUCUCAAAGCAAGAAAUGCAUGAGAAGAGUCUGCGUCUACAACCCCACUAAGUUUGAGUGGAAGGACCUGGCUCCUCUGAAGACGGCCCGUUCACUGUUUGGUAUCACCGUCCACAAAGACCAGAUCUUCGUGGUGACGGGGGUCACAGACGAAGGCCUCACCAGCUCCGUGGAGGUCUAUGACAUUGCCACCAACAAGUGGUCUGAGUUCACAGAGUUCCCACAGGAGCGCAGCUCUCUCAGUCUGCUCUCGAUGGGAGGUUUCCUGUAUGCUGUGGGCGGCUUUGCCAUGAUGCCCAGUGAAACCAGUGAGGAGCCUGUCCCAACAGAGAUGACUGACAUCUGGAGGUACGAUGAGCCAGAGAAGUGCUGGAAUGGGAUUUUGCGAGAGAUUAGCUACGCGGAGGGAUCCACUAUUCUUCAAGUGCGUCUCAACACUCUGCGUCUCACCAAGUUAUAACUGACCUGUCGGUGCCAUGAGGUUAAUGAUGUAACAUUAGCAUUGAAGUAAAUGAGUGUACUCAUCACGGACAUCAGCCCGAAAUUGGCUUGGAGUACAGAAAAUUUAAUUUGGCCUCUGAAGAUGAGAAAGCGUUAUGGAAUCACAUCGUUUUAUCUAAUGUUCUACAGCAGGGGGAGACAGAUACAUGCUAAAUCUACAUGAGGGUAGAGGUGAGCAACAUGAGUCAAAUGUAUUUUAUAAAAAGCUAAAAUGUUGAUUUGUACAUCUAUUUUCUGUUUUGUUACAUUAUUUCAUGAGUUUUCUUUAUUACCUGUUUGCUUUAUUUAAAGCAGAAAUAAAGAUAAGGGUUGAUUGUGUUGCUCUAACUGAUGAGAGAAGGCCUGUCCACAGUGCAAAUGGUUUUAUUCAUCUUCAUCUGACAUUUUGUUCAAUAACAUCUUUACAGCUGAUUCCACAUACUGUACAGCACACCAUAUUUACACAAACUUUACAGGCAACAAAUACGAGACACUUUAUUGACAUUAUGCAAAUAGCAUGAGUGUAAACAUUGAUUUCCAGUUGACACCUGAGCACUGUCAGUCCUCACCACAAACCACAUCAUAAACCAAAUCUCUCGCCGUAUUUACAGUUUCACAUCAUAUACAACAGCUGUGUGUGACAAUUAGUCUGAGGUACUUUCCAUUAGUUACAGUUCAGUUUCAGGUUUAUACACACUGGUACCACAAGAAGGGGUAUUAAAGUAAACAUCAACUCUGACAUGACUCCCACAUGAAAUGUGAUACUGUCGCUGUCUGUACAUAUUCAUGUCUGAAAAAGCCAUUUUUGAACAGGAGGUGGUUUUAAAUGAAUGUUUAAUA